CUUUUUCUUCCUCCUCCUCCUCGUCCCCCACGUGCUCGGCUUUGUGCCGGCCCCGCCGCCCGUUUCGCUUUCCCUUUCCCCGCCCCGCUCCCCAUGGCGGCCUGGCUCGGCCUCAGGCCGGAGGAGGCCGAGGCAGGGGCUGAGGCGCGCUCAUGGCAGUACGACUCCACCUGGGAGGAGGACGAGGAGGAGGAGGAAGAAGAAGAGGAAGAGGAGAAGGAGGAGGCGAAGGAGAGGGAGGAGGCUGGCGAUGAAGACCGGCCGGAGGAUGCGAAGGAGCCGGCGAAGGGCUCCUGGCAGGCCCAGUCUAGCUGGUGUGCUAGAAUCCAGAAGCUAAUAAAGUGUUUUUUCAAUAAGGAGGAGCAAGGAGGAUCAAUUUUGUCAUCAUUUUCUCAGAUGGGUUUUCAGUUCUCAGGCAGGCGCAACUGGAAUGCAGCAAGAGACUUGCAGAGAUACAGGCAUCGUUACCCGGGUUUGACAGAAACAGAAAAUGAGGAGGAAGAACAGAUGUGGAACUUGAGCUUUUACAAAAAUGAAAUUAGUUUUAUGCCUCAGGGUGUGCAUAUUGAAACUCUGCUUGAAUUGUGGUGGGACAACUAUGAAGUUCUGGAAGAAAACCAUUCGUACAUACAGUGGCUAUUCCCUUUACGUGAACAUGGGAUGAACUGGCGUGCCAAACCACUAACACUUCAAGAAAUUGAGGCAUUUAAGAAGUCCGAGGAAGUCAUGGAAAGGUUUAUACGCGCUUAUCAGCUCAUGUUGAGAUUUUAUGGAAUAAUUCUGACUAACCAGGAGACUGGAGAACUCAAGAGAGCAGAGAAUUGGGCUGAAAGAUUUCAAAACUUGAACCGGUUUAGCCACAACAAUUUGCGGAUCACUCGCAUUCUGAAGUGCCUGGGGGAGAUGGGAUAUGAACACUAUCAAGUGCACUUGGUAAAGUUUUUCCUAACUGAAACUCUUGUUAAGGAGACGUUACCAAAUGUCAAGAGAAGUGCCUUGGAUUACUUUCUAUUCACUGUCAGAAGCAAGCAGAAGAGAAGGGAACUGGUCCACUAUGCUUGGCAACACUACAAACCUCGAAGCAGCUUUGUGUGGGGGCCCUGUGACAAACUCUCAAAGUACAGACCCCGCUCUGCCAAGUCACAGCUGCACCAAACGGCAGGAAAUAAACAGGAAGAACCUGGUAGAAAAUGUGAUGAUUCUGUGGAAAAGGGUCAGAACCCAUCUCUAGAGGAAGAUCAGCAAGUUGGAGGUGCUGCAGACUUGUUGCCUAAAGCAAAUGAAGAUGACACGAGAGAGAGGUUAAGCGAGUGUGUUUCAGAGGGAGGAGAUGGUGAAGAUGAGAAGGAGGCUUUGUGUACCCAGCAGGAAGAGAAUGAGUUCUGCAGUAAGGCUGAAGCGCAGGGUACGGCAGAGAACGAUUGUGCAAAGGAGAGCAAGAAGAGAAAACUGGAUGCAAAUAUGGCAGACACCGUAAAGAGUGGAUCACUGAAAAACCCUCCUGAUAUUGAAAAAAUUUCCCGUAACCUGGGUGAAUGUGCACUUGAUGCAGAAAUCUCCCCCUCGAGUUCCCUCCUGCAAACAGAAGAGGGCCAGGAAACACUGAAAGAAGACAAUGUGAACACCAAAGACUUAACAGUGCCAGAGACUGCUGAUGCCACUGUAAAACGGAGGAAAGUUGAUAAAAGAACGCAGAGAAACAAAACAUUCAGCUUGGCCAUAAACCUGAACAUGGGGCUGCCUGCCCGCAGUGCCCCGUUGCAUCCACCUGCUUCAAACGCAAAGGCUGAAGAGGAAAAAGUUGGUGAGAAAAAAACAGCCAUGGAGGGGAUGGGUGAGAAGGAUGGGGGUGACACAAACGGUGGGGCUCUGAGCUGCCCAGCUGGUUCCGUGCUCCCCAAGACUAGCUGGACGUCUCCAUUAAGUGAUGGCUUGGAGUCAGGUGCAGAUCAAGUCACGGCGGAGAGUGAUGAGCACCUCUGUGAUAGCGUGCUCCUGGGAAGGAAAAGUGAGGCAGAUGGGAUAGAACAGCAUAAAAAGGCAGCAAAUGCAAGUGAAGAAGAGGAAGUAAAAGCCACGAGCAAGAAACAAAUUCCAGGGAAACUUGAACAGAAUAUGGCAUCCAGUUGCCCUGAACGAGACAGUGGUGAGCUUGCAAUACAGAAAACAGAUAGCUCUGAGCAUGCAGCAGAACCUGAUGAAGAACAGGUGGUGGAGUGAGACCAGCAUAGCAAACACUUGAGCAAGCAGAGAUGACAUUGCCCUAACUUCUGGGAGCCAGCUUUACUGAUUUGUACACCACAGGCGCGUGGGAAAAUAAACUUUGUUUGGACUGAUCCAGGCUAGGCCCUGUCUCACUUUCACCUUUCCAUACUUUUUUUAUAAGUCAUCUGUAGUGAUUUCAUUGAGAAUGAGCUCUUGGUUACCCUAAACAGGAAAACUUUAAAUGAGUCGUCAUCCUAAACUGGCUGUGUCCUGUUCCUGUUUUUUAUUGUGGAGCAACAGGGAUUUUUGCACUUUGCUUUGGUUCUGGUAUGUCCCUUUUUAAAGAAGAGGGAAAUUAAUCAGUUUCCUUGUUUGAACUAGAAAAGUAUUUAUUAAACACACAAAUUUUACCGUAAGAUAGCAUGCCUGAUUUGCCGGACCUUUCUAUUACCAUGUAACUUCCUUCUCAUUUUGCAUCAUGUGGGAGUGUAGUUGCCUUUCCUCCUGUAAGAAAAUAGGUUUGAGUUUAGACUGGGAUAAAACAUACGGCCAUAAUGUGUCUCUGACCAGUAUUAACCUUUGUGUCUAGAUACUGUUCUCCAGGGUGCAGAAACAUGGGGUAACUGUUCCCUUUAUCCUCAGCAGAAAUUGCUUCGUAGUGCUUGUUAGAUCUGUUAAGAAUACAAAUUGUCUACUGGUUUCUAAGAGAAACCCUCAGGCUUUGUGUAAAGCUGACUGGAGCUCUUCUUCCCCAUCUUUUUCCACCACCUUCAGGAGCUUGAUAGUCUUCCACAGCUAUUUAUGUCCGCUACUAGUUCAAAGGUCUUUCUUCCUCGAUUGCUGAAACAGAAUAAAUACUUUUGUCACUGCAUCUCUUCAGAUUUUGGUGUUGCUUUGAGAUGACCUCCGGGGCUAUCUUUCCUGCAGGCCUGCUGAACGAAGCUAGCUGUCUCAAAUCUCCCCCGCUUCCUAGUUGUGGCAGGAUCGUUCUACCAUUAAUGAUCAGCAUGUCAGACAGCGAGGGCACGUUUGAGUGCAGCAUGUCUGCUAACCACUUGGGGCUUUGUUGUGGGCCAGUUAAUUGAAGCUUUAAUUGGUGGGGGUACGCUUGUCUGGUUCGUUCAUUUACAGCCCUUAAGAAUUUACUUUCAGCCCUUGCCAGCUCCUUGCCUGCCUUAAUGUUACUGACCUCUCUGCUAGAUGUUCUGCCUGACUUGUGCAGGAUUCAACCAAGUCUGAAGGAGCACUGAACAAUUUAGCACUUUUGCUCCUGGAGAUUUACAACAGAGGACGUGUUUCAUGAAGCAGAGGAAACAUUUUCAACAGCCAGAAGGUCUGGACUUGCUGUUUGCUCAGCUUGUUUGUUUUAGUUUGAGGGUUUUCGGGUGCUGUUUGUUUUGUGUAGGAGAUGGCUAGAGGCUUGCUUGCCUCAUCAGGGAGCAGAUGCAGUAGCCUGUGCAAUGUCAAUGUCUUUCCUCUCUCUGCUACAGCUCUUCAGAAGUUCAUCUUUCAAGGAAUUUGAUCUGUGAUUGGCCUUCCCGGACUGUAGGCCCUGGUGCAGCAUGCCAUAUCCAUGUGGGUGGGGAUAAAAAAAAGUCUGCAAGCUUCUUAUUUAAUGCUCGUGGUCACACACAUGCUGGAAAAAGGCUUUAAUGUUUUUUAAAAAAACUUUCUUAUGAAAAGAUGGUGUUAAAUUGCCAAUAAGAAUACACUUACCUGCAGAUAUAAAUACUUGAAGAUGUUGAGUGAAGAUUCUUGAAUAAAAGAUAAGAAAAAAAAUUGUUAAUCAUGGCUUUUGUACAGAUUUAUAGUAAUUUUGUUAUUUAAUGAAGUUCUCAUUGUGAACAUAUGCUCAGUCGGGGCAUAGCUCAUCAAUCUGGUGUGGUGAUGUGCAGUUUGUUGUGUUUAAUGGGGUUUUGCUGUGAGCUCUAGCUUGGAGUGCUCAAAACAAGCUGUUCCCUACAGUUCAGAGUUUCACCUGUAGGUGUUCGCAGCGAGUUCAUGGGCUGUAUUCUCCAGCACUCGGAGCUGUAUGACAGUGUUACAUUAAUGUCGCCUAUUAAAGCAUGACUUUAAUGCA